AUGAGGGGCAAGGCGCCAAAUCAGCCGUCAUCGUUACAGCGAGAAGCGUCAACCAGGAGAAAAAGAAAGCCAACUUCAUUUAGCCUCGCGCCCCAGCUGUCCAGGUCUGGCAUCACAGUCUUGACCUUGCUUUUGUGCGUUUGGGCAUGUACGGCUUUUUUCUACGCACCCCUGCCGUUUAGACGCUCUCCCAUUGCAGCUUCCUCCUCGUCGUCACCACCUCCGUCGUCUGAGGCCUCCUCCGCGUUGGCCCGCUAUGAAAAGGCACAUGCUUUCGUCGCCGCGGCCCGACCGCGCACACCGAUCUUCUGGAUGGCACCCUUGAUCGCCCGCGUGUGGAAGAAUUACGCAAACUCCAAGCGGGCAGCCUCAAAAGACUGUAGCUGCGGUGGACUCGGGGGUUGUGGAUGCGCGGGUGGUGUCUCGAAGCGUGGUGACCGCACUGUCCUGAGCAUGGCGACAAGUGCACCCGCCAAACGAACACCCCGGGGGCAGACCACGGGCAGAGGAAGACGCGUCCCGCCUCGCCCGGCCGCCGGCUCGAGGCCCGUGCAUGUGGUGGCCGUCGUUCCCGGCCAUGGGGCCCGCGGGAAGCUGGAGGCCCCCUGGACGGAGGUGAUGCAGCACAUGCAUCGGCGCAUGCAGUAUGUAGACCCUGCCUUCGCUCUGCAUGUGGUGACAGAGGAGGAGAUUCUGGACCGGGGCGCGGCGGCCCUCGCGCAUCUGCCCCUGGGGCCUUCCUCUGGACUCCCACCCGCCCCCUUCCCUUCCUCUCCCUCCUCUUCCCCUUCCACCGCCGCUGCGUCGGCCUCAGGUGUGCCCGACGCCAUGUACUUCCUUGACGUCAAGAAUCCGAAGGUGGCACACGAGCUGAAAGGCUACAUGGCACAGGUCCCGCACCUGAUCGCCCUUGACUCGUGUCCGGAGCUCGCGCAAAAAAGUCGCAUCGGCCCUGCUCGACCCUACGGACCUCUGGCUGGUUUUUGGAAAGCGUUCCCCGUACCCACGGAGCGGAAGCGCCUGUUGGAGCUCUUCGAGACGGUGCGCGGCUUUUGGAAGCGGGGCCACUCGGACGACGUGCUCUACAGCGUCCUGGUCGUCAUCAACGCCGUGCUUGUGGACAUCCCCGCGGUCUCAGAGAUUCUCAAGCCCGUGACGCUCCAGGCCCUUCGUUGCAUGCUGGGCAACUGCGGGGCGCAAAUCAUCGACUGUCAGCGCAAUCCCGCGUGCAAGGCCGCCCUCUCCUGCCUGGAGCAGUGUGCCCCCAACGACCAGGUCUGCCGGUACCGGUGCAUCGUCCAGUAUGAGUCGCGGGAGUUCGAGCAAUUUGCCCUCUGCAUCCUCCAGAAGCACAAUUGCCUGCAGAACCACGCCGCCAUCCCCAUGUCCCCGGACCCCGCCCCGCUCUCUCACUUUCGAGGGGAACCCCUUAGCCACGAGGCGGCCGAGGAGAUCCAGUUCGGGCACUUGGGCCAGCUCCAGCAAGGCUGCCCCUGGAGUUGGAAGGUGAUCGCCGGCGUCAACCCCGCCUACGACUUUUUCCCCUCCCAGCACAUGACCUACUACCGGAAGGGGCAGGCCUUGUGGUACCAGCCAGUCUUCCGCGUCAUCACCUUCGACGGCAGGGAAGUGUGGCGACGCCGGCUCUACCGCGUGCGUCGUGGGAAAGUUCCUGGGACCUUCUAUUACUCGGUCUUGGACAACGGCGUGACCAGCUCCGAGUUCUGGCGCAUUUUGGAUGCGGCCGAUGAUCUGUCCUGGGUCUUGUUCUACUACAGUGGGGCGGCGGCGGCAGCGGGUCAGUCGUACACGGGUGCGAUUUUGGCCUCGCCCACAGGCGAGUGGCCGUCCGCGGAGCCAUGCAAAGCCAGGAUUCUGGCGGCUUUGGACCGGGCGGGCAUCAAGGAAUGGGAGCUCUUCAACGUGCAUCACGACGGGUCGGACGGAGCCCCCUUAGAGAUCGAUCCCAUGGCGGAGGCUCGCUUCAUGUACCCUGGAUGGGCGGGCGCGAGAACCAGUCAGGCCGAUGACGAGGGGCGUGUCACACUGGCUCCGGCCGCUGUACUGUAA